UUGUUUUAGUCAUCGUUUUAUUCGACGCGUGUCGCUGCAUCGCUGUCUCUGAAAGGUUGUUAAAUUCCACGGUAGAUACACCGCUUAUGGAAAAAAUAACAACUUAGACUUAAUUUAUUUGUCUCGAUAUAACAUAAUGGAGGUAAUCGAGACUAUUGUGAUACAAAGCACUGAAGUGGAAGGAAAGGAAACGGUCGUGUCCAGUGUGGACACGGAUAAAUCCAAAGCAGAAUUUAUAUGGACACUGCAGGCAACAUGGCACCUUGUCAACACCAGACUUGAAAUGGACCAAGUUUUUGACCAGCCAGUGUGCAAGAAAAAGAAACUUUGGGAAAUGGUGGCAGAGAAGGUGAACGCAAAGCUGAGAGAGGCAGAUGCCACCGAUGUGGCUGUGAAGGCCUAUGAGUGUGAUCUUAAGUGGAGAAACAUACUGGCGACGUACAGGAGGAAUGCUGAGAGGGCCAAGAGGCUCGGGGCAGCCAGCGUCCACUGGGAGUUCUUCAGUGCCAUGCAUGAGGUCCUGGAUAAGAGCAGGGAGGAGGUUGAAGCCCAACGAAGGGCCAAGCUCAGUGGCACCAGAGUAGCCAGAGCCAUAGCUAGCAAGAGGUUCACCCCUAUCCUCCCUACACCUCCUGCCACAGCUGCCCCCUGCGCUCCCAGGCCUCCCCAGGACGUCCUACAGCUGUACAUGGAGCUGCAGGAGAGGAAGAUGAACAUGUGGGCCCAACAGAAAGACUUGGAGGAGAGAAAGAUAGAGGCCAUUAACAAUUUGGCACAGGCCAUCUCCAGCCUGGCUCAGAAGAGCAGCACCACAGAUGGACAUUAGGCCAGAAGCGAUGGGAAGGGUAUCUGAACUUCCAUGAGCUCUUACCAAAGACUUUUUUUUUAUAAUGUUGCACAUAGAGAGAAAAAUAGAAUGUUUGUUAUUUACAUUUGCUGAUUGGUUGUGUUGACACAUGUCAAAUGUUUCAAAAUCAUUAGUUCAGAAUAAGACCAACAAAUCAUACAUACUCUGGGUGACUCCUGUUUAAACCACCAUCAGGUCUUUAAAGUUCAUGUUUUCUGUUGACGCUUCAUUGGAUGAAAAAGUCAGUUAUUUUUGUACUGAAUUAGUGUACGAUAGUUUGCUGUCUAAUACAGACACCCUUCCAUCACUGUACCACCUUUUUAUACAAAUAUAUCAAUAUCUGUUACAUGUUAUUGUAUCGCAGGCACAAGAAUGAAACCGACAAGCUAACCAAAAUGAUGAUGGCAUGAUUGUCAUCAUCAAGUAUCUUCAAAAUAAAACCUAACAAUGUGUAGUUAUAAUAAUAAUAACACAUAUAGAUCGAUACUUUAUUGAUCCCGAGGGAAAUUCAAAAUAUAUAAUGUUGAUACUUAACAUUGUUAGUCUUAAGAGCUGUCAGAUACAUUUUCAAAGAAAAGCUUUCACUUCUUUUUUUUUAAAGAUUUUUUUUGGGGCUUUUUCAUGCCUUUAAUGGAGAGAUAGGACAGUGGAUAGA